GCUGAAUCAAAGCUUCACGUGUGCGCUCACACACGGCAGCGAUGCAGCCGGGGAAAGAGAUAAACGGUACUAAAGGGAGGGGAAAGAGAUGGCGUUUGCCUUGUACCCAUUAUUCAGAUUGCUGCUGUCGAUCAUCAGUUUCGUGAAGAAGGUUGCCAGUUUGCACCACUGAAGGUUUCGAGCGACAAACACUUGCAAGUCAUUUCGCAGAGAGUAGUCGGGAGUGCCUCGACUAAAAUGGGUGACGCUCUUCCCCGAGGCGCUACGCCUAAUUUCUGUUUCGUGGACAGAGUGGCUGAUACGGAAGAUCAGUUCGUGGACAUGUUGAAGAAUUGUCGCAAGCAGAUUUCGGAAUCCGGGAAGACGCAGGGUGCUGUCAUCACUUGCUGCGCGGUUUAUACUUUUGCGAAAGACAUCAAAGAUCUCUCGAGUAUCCAGAUCAAUGAUUACGGCAUGGGCAAGUUGGAGCGUGUGCGACUGGUUACUGGGGAGAAAAUUCUGCCGUUGCCUGAAUGGAUGGAGAGCAGAGUAGAUCUUCGCGCAAACUUUGGUGAGAAGGUCGGUACCAAACGGAAGCAUUCCUCCGGUGACAGCAGCAAAAAGGGCUUCGAGGUUCCAUGGACCGCCCACGUUCGACUGGAAAGCGUUCCGUUGGGUUGUGUGUUGGAGUCUGUUCAGCUGUCGUUCAUCAAUCCGGAUGCCGACGGCAGUCCUGUCGUCAAGAUCAACGUAUCGGCCCAGGAUGCCGGAAAUCUGUACGUGGUCAAUGACAAGCUGAUGAAUAUUAAAGGGCAGACGUAUUCCGAGUGUUGUCGUGGAUUGGGCAUCUUCCGACAGGCGUUCUGCUAUAUCACUCUUCGUGUGCCUCUGCGACUCUUAAUACGCGAACAACUGCAGCAACUGCGUAGCGGUUUGCCCAUCGUCCCCUCUGCGAGCGUUCAGAAAAAUUAUUCCGGUAAAGAUAAUGUGACCCUGAAGUGCGGACAGUCUAGUAUCACUGUAGAUCGGGAAAUCCUGAUCAACAUCUCCGAAGAAAUGGAAUCGGUGUUUGGCAAGAAAAAGUCUAUCGAAGUGAGUGUGUGUAAAAUGGGUGUCAGCAAGGAGGUUAUUCUGGCUGUGCUCGGGUCGGUAGAGGCGCAAACAGAUUAUCAUUCUCUGGAUCCGGACACAACUACGCCGGCCUUCCUGUAUGAUUUAAUGACGCUAUCAACGGACUGGAAUGCUCGAUCUAAACUUUGGACGCAGUUGGCGUUGUUGGAGCGUCUCUGUGCACCGGGUUUUGAUCUGGAACAGGUGCCAAUUGUGGACGCUCUGGAAUGUGUUAAAAAGGAUUAUGACGUAGGUCGAAAUUAUUGUGGCGCGGAAAUGGUGGUUGUUGGGUUUGCUUUCGUGCUGCGCGAUAUGCUUGGUGCCGGUCAUGUGCCAACGCCGAUACGAAUUUCUCUGCAGCGAAUCAUUACCGCGAUCGUAAAGGAUACAGCGCCGAUGAAAUUCGUCGAAUCCAGCGCGGAAAGCGAUGAAGAAGAGGCUCAGCGCAGCUAUCAGCGUAAUACCAGCUGUCAUAAGUACAUCGUAGAUAUGACCGGACGUAUGACGAUCACCAUCAUUAGUCUGACGGGAAAGCACACUUGCAUGGCAGUGUCCAAGGAAGAUACAAUUGAGAAUGUGAAGGCGGCAUAUCAGGAGAUUGAGGGAGUCCCCGUAGAUCAACAGCGGGUAAUGUUUAGUGGGAAACAGCUGGAAGACGGUCGAACACUUUCCGAUUAUGCCAUCCCCGAUGGAGCUAUGUUGCACGGUGUAUUGCGUAUAACCGGUUGUUAAAAUAGGCGUGUCGGCUCUUCGAAACGCUCAUUGUCCUUAUUCGCGUUUUUACCCUUUAAUACGACUAACGGAGUCUUACCAUUAGAAGUUGAAAUAAGAAGUUGCUCUGACUUUGUUAGACGUAUUUUAAAAUAUGAAUGAGCGCAGAUAUGAUGGAUUCAGUGGAAUAAGUGCCUACUGUCUGUACAUCGUUUCUUUCCUUAUUUCUUUAUUUGUUUCUUUACUCUGUAUGUUCGUGCUUGAAGGAGAUUGCUGUACGAGUUUACGCUAUGGUGCAUAACUGCCCUUGGGGAUAAUUUGCUAAAGCAAUAUGGUGUUUAUUUAGAUCCUUCCUUUUGACGACUAUAACCAGCUACUUCGGUUUUGA